AUGGCUGAGGCUGCAGAAGCUGGGCACCACAACGAGGCUGUAUAUGACUUCCAAGCAAGGCUAAAUAGGCACUUCGUGAAGCUUUGGAAGGAGCUGAAACGCAGACUAUGUCAAUCAUCCCCCUUACAAGGGGAUAACCCCCUAGAGCAGAAGCUACAAUUAAACAGCCGACCGGCGACCCAACACCCUGACAGCCAACCGGCACCGCAGAGGAAGAAGAGGUCUCUAGAGACACCAAGGGCCCGACACCGGCAAACAAUGCAGUCCAAGCUAAGACCUAACCCACCAUCUGGCCACCCUCAUACACGGCCUAGACAAGGCAUCACAAACAAGCCACUCAGAGGGGGACCCUACGCAGUGAAACAAAGAUCGCAGCACAAGCAGCGGCACCCCAAUCCGCGCCCACUGGUGGGUCGCUUGAAACCACAACAGAGACUCACCCCCGGGGCGCAACAGCCGGAAGCCGGGUAACGGACCACAUCGAUAUGGUGCACUCUCCCCUCACUUCCUACUGUGGCGGAAAGACACGGCUGCGAUGCGGAGGGCACACCAUCAGGAGUCAAAUACACAACCCUCCGGUUCUAGACCCGAUACAGGCCGUGACGAACUUACGCUCAAGACAUCUGAGGCCCUGCAACGGCUGCUCCGGAUUCCUGAACCCUGCGCCCAGAGGACUGACAAACACCGCUAUUUGCCUGCUUAUCACUCCAGAUCGACCCCACCUGUCGGCUGUUGGAAUCAGAGGCUCACUGUGCCCCUCUGA